CAGCCAUCACUGAAGAAAAACCGAUCUGAACCGGUCACGUGAUUCAAACAAACAAAAACAACGUCUUAAGAAAUUGUUUGACUCCGUGUAUGCAGUGAACUGGAACUGAAGUAGAUGUAAAUCGUCAAUAUAAGUCGUAUAUUAAGAUAUAUACGAAACGUAUUAUGCAUUUAAACUUUUACAGCUUCGGUGUAGGAUCUGGCAUGUGACUGACUGACUGAAUGAAUGCUUGGCUACGAAAGUAUAGCAGCGUUGAUCAAUACAAAGUCCUGAAAUUACUAUAAGAGCUAAUCCAUUAACCAUGCGGAGAAGACCACAGUCUGCAGCUUUGACACCGGCAUUUUUGAGCAGGGCUGGGAGUGAGAAAACAGUUUCUACAGCUGCAGCACAGUCCCAGUUUCACACAGACCUCUGGCUCUGUUUCACUGUGCAGAACUGGAUAUUGGACUUUGGGAGGCCAAUUGCUAUGAUCAUAAUGCCCCUGGAAUGGUUUCCUCUAAAUAAACCCAGUGUUGGAGAUUAUUUUCACAUGGCAUAUAAUGUCAUCACACCGUUCUUAUUACUGAAGCUGAUUGAGCGGAGUCCCACAGCCCUUCCUCGCUCUGCUGUUUACCUCUGCAUCAUCACCUUUGUCAUGGGAGCUAGCAUACACCUGGUAGGAGACUCUAUUAACCAUCGUCUCAUCCUCAGUGGAUACCAGCUUCACCUUUCUGUCAGAGAAAACCCCAUUAUCAAAGAUCUGAAGCCUGCCUCACUGAUUGAUUCCUUUGAGCUUCUGUAUUACUAUGAUGAACACUUAGGGCAUUUCAUGUGGUAUGUCCCUUUCUUCCUCAUCCUCUUCUUGUAUUUCACUGGCUGCUUUACACAAGUUAAAGAUGAGAAGAUGCCUUACUCAGGCUGGCUGCUACUUGGCCCCAGUGCAGUGUACUAUUGGUAUCUGAUUACUGAGGGGCAGAUCUUUGUCCUGUAUGUCUUCACCUUUUUUGCCAUGGUUGCCACUGUGAUGCGCCAGAGACGGAUGGGCUUCGUGUUAGACAGCAAUGGCUGUUUCCUCUUCUAUAACUUCAUCAUUACCCUGGGAUUAGUUCUGGUCUGGGUCGCAUAUCUGUGGAAUGAUAAAGUUUUGCGCAAAAAGUAUCCCGGUAUCAUCUAUGUUCCAGAGCCUUGGUCCUUCUAUACCUUACACAUCAAAGGCAGUUAAAUACUAAUAGAAAAUCAGAACUAAAUUUCAUUGACAUUUCUCCAGU